AUGUUUUUAAAAAAGUUUUUACUCAAGUAUUGCGAAAUCACUUGCACCUGUAUUGAGUAUAGCAGCUGGCAGUGGUCUCAGGCUCUCCCCAAGGAACAUGGAUGAAUUAAACAAAUUCAAAGGGUCGGUUGAUAAGUUUAACGACAACGAUGGCAAAAAAGAGUAGUUCUAGAAUGUUUAUAAUCCUUUGAAGUUAUUUUUUUCGUUGUCUCUUAUGUGCGUGAAGAGAAGUAUAUCUCCAGACAAUACGAAAACAUCAAUGGGCUCUUUUACAUUUGCGGAAAAAGUAGAACUGCAUUGAAUUUCCGCUUUAAAAGCCAUUUCCAUGAAAUUUGUGAAAUUGUUUUUUUUCCCAAUAAUACAAAACAAUGGUCCAUUAUUUUCUUUUGCUCUUACUUAAUGGAAAAAAGCACUCGGAGUACGCGAAUGUGGGUUGGAAACGAAAUUAUUUACAGUUUUACCGCCACUUUUGCUACAUGACUUGACAUGAUAUAGUUCAAAUAACAUUUUGAACCUGAUAGCUUCAGGGAUUAGGAGAGGCAACGGACUAAAUAUCCGUGGGCUUUUGUUUUCAUUUCGUCCUAUUAUUUCGUGAUCUUUUGUUUAUGCGUGUUGAGAAGUGAUUAUCGAAGAACAGAAGGUUUACUGUAGGAAAUAGAACAACGUCGUUGAUUGGCUGAAUUCUUACUGGUCGAGGAAGCCUGAAUCUGAAAUGGAUAGCUCUCUUCAAAAGAACAUUUCUAAAGAUUUCUUCACCUGUAUUUUGCAUUAUACGGCUUCGUGGUGGAAACGUCCUUCGCGGUACUUUUCCUCUAACAGUAGCCUGUUUGUUCUUAAAUUGUAACGAGAGGGUAAAGUAUGCGUCGGUUGAAAGUUAAAGUAGUAGGGGACGGCGGAGUUGGAAAGACCUCCUUUCUCAUUCGUUGGUACAAAGAGAACUUUCCUUCGGAAGAUGAUAUACCGUUAUUUCCAGGACGGGAACGGGUUUUACCUUCUGUGCAAGAUCCUUUCUUCACGAACAUGACUGUGGACCGAGUAAGCUAUGUGCUAACUUUCUGGGACACAAUUUGUGGAGCUGAUUACCUAAAAUUUCGACCCAUGGAAUACGAGGAGACUGAUGUAUUUCUCGUGUUUUUCGACAUCUCGAAUCCUAGCUCUUUCCAAAACGUCUCUACCGUCUGGGUGCCUGAAUUGAAGCAUUACAUGCCCUCCACUCCAAUCCUCGUCGUUGGAAACAAAACAGAUUUGCGCAAAACAUGGUAAGAAUUUAUAAUUUUUGAAUAAUGCUUUUGCAUUAUGGUACAUUUAACAACCAUGCAACCACACUCUAAAGCCUGUUACAAAGAAGCCCAACUUCUCUGCUCAACAGCUGUCAGGUUUAAAUCAUUACGCUUCUAGUCUCGAAAUUAUUUUUACGGUUUUUCAUGUAUGAGAAUCUGAUUUUCUUACAGACUAGACUUAAUACUUUCAUUUUCCUUGUUUCAAGUUAAUUUAGUUGGCAAAAGCGUGUUUUUACUCACGCUACGUCAUUAGUGUUGGCCCGAAGCUGAGAUUAAAUUAUUCCGCUUUGUUUCAUAAAACUCCCUUCCGUUGAAACGUUGGAAACCGUUUAUUUUUUCACUAAGGUUCAUUUUUAAAGAUAAAAAACACAAGCUCAUAAGUUUAUAAGUUCAAUUUACUUCAGGCUCAUUUUAAUAAAGAAAUAUUUCGGCUGUCUAUAGCGUAGUAUAUAUAUGCUUCAAUGAAUCUCCCGCGCCGUUUAUUGACACAGAAACCAUUAAUUGUAACUACGAAAUAUAUGAAGCAUAACGACUUGUUCGAUCUUCAGGUAUAUCUCUGAUUAUAGCUCCGUUAAGCUGAUAGAUUAAGCGGGGAAAUUUGCGAUAUAAUCAUUUUAGACCGUGUUAUUGAGGGGCAAACACGAAGUUUAAGGCGACAUUUCAUUUGUCUUCAUUUUCAUUUUAGCGAAUUUCCUAUGCUAUAUUGUUCCUGUCUAGCUGUAUGUUGACGUAGGAUUUACGUAGGUUCAAGACAAGCGGAAAUUUUUUCAUUGUUUUUUAGACAAGUUGUUUGGAAGGGCUAUAUUGUUCCCAUUCACCAGCUGUCCACAACUGUUGUUGUUUGCAAUUAUUUGUUCGAUCUCCAUAUUUUAUGAACUAGUGAAAAAUGUACGAAAGCAAAAUUGUGAAAACAUGGCAGCUGAAAGUGUUGGAUUCCUUUAGUGUGCAACACAUGUAAGCUUUUUAUCAUGCAAUGCAAAUCUGUAGGCAUCUUUACUUGAAGCUUUCCUAGCGAACCUCGCUGGCCUUAGUUAGGACCUCAAUUAGGAGGAAUUGGAAUUUCUUUUUUUUUUUUUUGCUUACAUUGCUAACCAAAAAAAAAGAAAUUUUUGUAACCACUAGAUGUUCUACACUCUCAAAACAAGGACAUGCAAACAGUUCUCACCACUUUUUGGCCAAUUUUCGAUACAAUUAAAGAUCUUGUUGACACCAUCAGGUUUAUGUAUUUACUCAGUUGAAGGAUGACCCUACAUCACAAGAGCUGCAUCACAUACCUGCAGGAUAUUGUGUUUAUUUAUUCCAUUGUUUUAUGGUUUCAAUGUUUUGGUACUGUUGUUUUGUUUUCAAAUUGAGAUCAGUGUAUAAAGGCUUCUGAGCAGUGUGUACUUAAAUUUUAUGACAUGACCAAAAAACUUUGGGUUAUGUAACAGCUCUUUGAAAUAAACAGCACAUUUCUAGCACACAGUACUAAACAAAGGACAGACACACUUUGGCAAAUUGGAUAUUUAUUUAAAUCUUUUAAUUUGAGAUUGCAGUAGAAGAUGAGAGAAGUACUUAGGCAAAUUUUGAGUGUCACUAACUUUCUGUUUACACGCGAGUUUUUGCUAAUGUGAAAGUUUGUUAUGACUAUAUGUGAAGCUAAAAAAAAAAAAACUGUCAUCACCCUAAUAGAAUAAAAAGAGGUUCCUAUCAGCUGGUUGGCUUCUUCUUAGAUUGGGGCUUUCAUAGCCAAUGUAACCUCAGGAAAGACUAUAAAAAGUUUAAUUGCAUAACAUGAAAAUUUUUUGUUGAUGAUCAAUUUGAAUUUGCAAUCUUCUUAAACAAAAAUCUAGUUCACAUUUAAAAAUAUUGAAAAUGUAAAUUUAUUCUUUUAGCAGCAACACUAGUUAUCCUAUGUUUUGUUGAUUGAGUAACAUACUAUUGACAUUUAGCAUGCUAUUUCUAAAAGAGGUCGAUAUGUUUCUUAUCUCUUCCAGUUAGUUAAAUCUGGCUCAAAAUUUCAAGUGGCUUUUUUCCCCAGUACAAUUCAAGUUGCUUUGAAAACUCAUUCUGUUAUCCACAGUAGGUUAUUUGUGUUUGUGACAGUCCUUUAACAGGAUUCCUUAGUCAGCUGCUGAUGUUUUUGUUAAAUUUGAAUAGCCUGGACAUCAUUUUCACAAAUAUCAGCUGGUCAUAGGCUGGAAUGCUGAUUAUUAAAUAAUACAGUUUUUAUUACCCUUUUUUGUGAAUUAUUUAAGGCAGAGCAGUUUUCUCCCUUGUUCUAUACAUAACAGGUAUAAUAACUUUUCAAAAUGGUGGGGCAAUCCUCUCACCUGUUAAAUUUUCAGAGAUUCUAAGCAAUUUUAGACAGUAAUUAAAGGUACUACAGGCAGUAAAGGUUGUAAAGGAGAACACUUGUCUGAUAGAGUUGGUGUAUACUCUAUUCACACUUUGUUUCUUCUGUCCUCAGCAAUUCUCCUGAUGGCAUGAUUACAAUUACAAAGGGGCAUGAACUUGCAGAGAGAUUGGGUACCUGUUACUGCGAAAGCAGUGCAGACACAGGAGAUGGUGUGCACAAUGUGAUCCAUACAGCAGUGGGUUUGGCCAUUCAGAACCAAAAUCCCCCAAAGAUCAAGUUGAAUUUUAAAGUUUUCCAGUGGCGGGGAAAGACACCAAAAGUCUUACGACAUGGGCCAGAACCACCUGUGUUAUCUCCACCAGGUCUGUAGAAAAACGGCAGCAUUACACUUUUUUAUUAAUUUUAUAACCCCUUCCACUCUUAAAAAAAGGCCAAAAAGUAAUGUCUCCUUACAGUAUUGAUACAUUGUAAGGAGAAUGAGAUGAUGAACAGAAAGAGAAUAUCAGGCAGGAGAGAUUAUUGGAUUUACAAUGUAACUUCAAAUUCUCAGACCUAAAAUUGCAAGAUAUGCAGGACUGAGAAUUGACAAUUGGACAAUACGAGUGAAAUGGUUUACUCAAUGUUAAGUUUAAGAUUCUCGUCAUUUGAACAAAGGACAUGUAGCUUUUUCUUUUGUUUAUUAUUUUGCAAUUUAUCAAGUGCUGCAUCCAUGACUCUUGUUUCCUUAUCCACCACUUUAGAAGUGUGUCAUAAUGUCCCUCUACCUUAAUGUUGAAGAUUGUAUUGAUAGCUUCCAUGCAUAGUUUUAUUGACUGCAUCCAACAUCCUUAACCCCAUUCAAUGCCAAAUCAUCUUUUUAUUUACUUGUUUACCUGUUUUUGAGCAACAUAAGUUGCAACUUCUCUGUACUGGUUUGCAAGGGAUGUUAAAGGACUCAGGCACACACAUCUCAAAAAGAGAAGGGAAUCUAGCUCCUGCUGUUGUGGUCUAGCCUUGUUAUUUUUUAUACAUGACCCCAUUUAAACCAGCUUUAAAGCUGAACUGGGCAAGCAUGUCUAAUUAAUGCAAUUAAAUAAAUAGAUUGUGAGGCACUUUUUGUGCUCUGUUGUCUGUUUGAUUAAUUAUGCUUUUGAAAUAAUCAACUUUUCUUUUCAUCACAAACUAGAUCCAAUGCCACAAGUGAAAGUUCUUCCUUCCACAUUCACUGAUGAUAUGAAGAAGAUGUACAGAGAUGAAUCAGGGAAUUCAGAUAUCAAACUCCUGUUCAAUUCAAACAAUCACCCACUUGGUGCACAUAAAAUUAUCCUCAGUGUAGGUUCUACAGUCUUCCGCGAUUUCUUUUUGAACAAUGGUGAAGAAGUUGAACUGAGUAGAUUGCUUAGUAAUACUGAUUCCUGUUCAUGUCUUACUGCCAAGGAAAGCAGGCCAAACACCGGAAAAAAGAGCAGUGCAAAAGACAUGCUUCACUUGUCUACAAACCUUCCCAAUUCAGUUUCAAAUCACCAAAGCUUGUCUCCUUCACCAAACUUGGAGAGAAAGUCUAAAACAGGCAGACCAAAGAAUUGCUUACAUUUCAAUAACAGUGUUUCAGGCAGAGCUUUUCAGCAUGUUCUAGAGUUUCUCUAUACGGGUUCACCAAACAUUUCUUCUGAUACUGAUGAGGCACUGUUAACCAAAGUCAUGAGUCUAUCUCACAGGUUGCAUAUUCCUUGGCUGGGGCAAAUCUGUGAGAAUAUAACAAAUGGGGAGAGCUACCUUAUUCCAAGCAUGGUCGCUAUUCUUCAUGAGGAAAGAAGCAAAAUUGUAAAGGAGAACUUUGUCAACAAGCCACACUUUUCUGAUGUUAUUUUUCAUGUGAAGAAUACCAUAUUUUAUGCUCACAGAGCUGUGUUGAUGGCUAGGUCUGAGGUCAUGGCAGCCAUGUUUGGUGGUGGGUUCAGUGAACGUGAUAGCCUUGAGGUAUGCCUGAUUUGAAAUGUUUUGCCCAUAUUUUCAUUUUAAUCUUAUAUAAUGAUCUUCUUUAAAGUUAACACUUUAAAUCCCAAGAUCUGAUUGAUAAUUCUCCCCUCUAGCUGCUUCAAAUUUCCUUUUAAACUUGUUACAAGAAUUUUGUGUAAGAUCAAGAUAGCAACUUCUAACUAAUAACUUUGAUUAUUCGCAUUACCUGUUUGCUGAAUUAGACAUGGAUAUUACAGGGAGUAGCUGCAUUUUAAUCCUUUGUGGGAGUUUAAGGGUUAAGACUUGGGGGCUUUUGAUAAGGGCUUUUAUAAGUAAACAAUAUUAUGGUUUAUAUUUUUAGGUUUGAUUCCUCAUGGGGACUCAGAAUUUUUUCUUUGUCCCAUGUUCGUGAUAUGACAAAAAAAAACAGCUUUCUUUAAUGUUAUGGUUGCUUGAAGCCUAAUCUAGCAAUUUGUGGGGAAAAAAAAGACAGUAGCCAACUAGAUUUUGUGAACUUAUUUCUGCAGACCAUACUUCCUUAGAUGAGGGCCUUCUCCCAAAUAAGUGCCUACAAACUAGGGCCGCUGUUGAAUAAUCUCCUCCCCCCUCUUCCCUAACUUUCUUAGAUAGUAGGGAUAUAAGGAAAAACUGUUUCUAUUUUCCACUCUAUAACUUUUUAAGUUUUAACUACUGUGAAAUAAGUACAGGAGAAUAAUAGGUGCCCCCAUGUUGAAGCACCCUCCUUGCAAUAAGCACCCCUCAUUGAUGCCAAACUUUUUAAUAGGCACCUGGGUUGUUCAUUCAAGUAAAUACUACUAGUACAUCAAUUUUUACACCAAGUUAUUCAUUUGUGGUUUUUGCUACAACAGGUGACCAUCAAGGUAACAACAGGAAAGAGUUUCAUGGCACUACUGGUGCACUUGUACACUGAUACAUUACCUACUGACAUGUCUGUCGGUGACUUCAGGGAACUUCUGGUGCUUGCUGACAGGUUUUGCCUGUCGCAGCUUAUUUCAGUCUGUGAAAAUGCUAUUAUAGAUAGAAUUGGGGUGGAGAUUAAGAAGAAACGAAUGACAUCUGCAAAGUGUAACGACAUCAUUAACUUGCUUCUCACUGGACAGGUAGGCUUUCCUUUUGAAUUACAUUUUUUUGUCUGUAAUAGUGUCAGUGACCUUUGAUCUAACUUUGAAAAGUGAUUAUUAAUGAAUUGAAGGAUGAUUUUUCAAUGAAUGAUUGAAUAAGUUGCUGCUCACAUCAACCACUACUCCAAGUUGUGACUGUUUUGGUCAUCCAGGUAACUAGAAGAAAUCUUAGUCAUCAAAGGGGUUGAUUUGACAACUCAUGUCAGACUUCAUGUAGUAAUAAGUUUUAACGUUUUUACAACUUCAUUUUCAUCGUCUGGAGUUGAAGUGAACAUUGUCAACAUUGUCAUAGAGUUUUGCUCACAUUCCCUCUUUUUCUUCUAUUAACAAUUUGCCUCUUUCUCCAUGGUUACCCAGACUUUUCAUCCAAAGCCCAGCAGGUCUACUGCUGAGCCCUGGCAUCACCCAUAUAUUUGUAAGUGGCUAUGAUUAAUCCACAUUUCCUUUGCUUUGUUAGGCUCAUAAUGCUCCUCAGUUGGCAAGGUGGUGCUUGUAUGUGAUCACAACAAACUACCCCGACUUUGAAGCCUGUGAUGAUUUUGAUCUCAUUAAGGGUGACAAUCGAAGGCACAUCCUGGAACAUCGCUGGCCACCACUCUCCUAUCUGAAAGAAUUGGAAGAGUUCAAGAGGAAGACUGGGAGAACAUAAAAUAUUGAAUAGAACAUACGAAUAACUAAUUGAUACUGAGAUAAGUGAUGUCAAUCAUUUAACUCCCAAGAUCCAUUGAGAAAUUCUUCCCUCCAACUUUAUUACAUUUCCUUUUAAUUUAGAUAUGGGAAUUUGGUGUCAUAUCAAGAUAAACCUUGUGGCUGAUAUACUUUACUAUUCUCAUAAGCUGUUCACAAAAUAGUGUUUUGAAGUCAUUAGAAGUUACAUGUUUAUAACAUACUGAAUUCUGAACUUAAUAGGCUCCUAUGAAUGUAAUUCAGAUAUUAAUUUUUUAACAGAUUCAAACAUAACAGUCAACUAGGAUACAAUGUAGUCGUGUUAUCUCAGUCAGUUCUAGGAAAUCCAACCUUGAGGUAGCUUUCCAAGUAUGAGAUUGUACUAGUAUUGGUAUACAAGUGCAACAUUGCCAUGGAUGUUUUGAAACCUUAAUUUCUGAAAAAGUCGUCGCACAACCAAAGAUUUGUGCUAAAGGACUAUUUUGCUAGGAGUUGGGCCAACUGUUCAUAUAGUUGACAUGUUGAUCAUUAGAUGAGUCUCUAGCAGAGGACAGUUUAAAGAAUUAUUAUUGAGUGAUAGUUUUGUUAGGUUCUCAGCAGAGAAGUUCACUCAAAUUAAUUAUUUGCUUCAUGUAUAGUGAGUAGCCAUUCCAAUUAAAUCAGUUUUUACAGUAGGAGUACCAUUCAUUCAUAAUCAACUGAGGUUUCCUUUUGCAUGUGUGACUGCAGUGUCCCAUUUAUGUUGCUGUAUUUCUGACAGAAACAAAGGUAAUGAAAAUAUCUAUUUAAUAUUUAACCUUGUUGCUCACAAAAGAGAAAGAAUUUUAAUGCAGUUUUGUGGCAGAGAGAGGGCUCAAAUAUAUAAAGUGUACUUCCAAUUAUUGUAAAUAAGAAUUCUAUUUGAAUAGGCAUUUUUGUGAGUCUACUUAAAAUAUAUUGAAUUUUAUGUUCAGUUUGUAGAUGUGAAGCAAUAAGAGAUGUAGGUAGAAUCCUACACAAGAAUGACAAUGUAGCAGCUUGCGUCAAGCCAUAUCAUAGGUUUUGUUUUCUAAAUCUUUUUAUCAUAGUUUUUUUUUCCUUCAACAUCUUUAUACAAUAACUGUUGAUAGGGUUUAUUUCAUUUAUCAGUGCAACAAAAGGUUGAUCUUGUUACAGAGUUUGGUCAUGACUAAUUUAAAUUGAUUGUCAAUUGAGUGGAAAUGCAACCAGGCUUUUUGAUCGGUUGAAGAAUGACUAGUUGUACAGUCAAACCUCAUAAUCACUCUUUUUCAAUGCAAGACUUGUCAGAAUGACUUUUCCUAUUCAACUGGGCUCUAAAAGCCUUGUCCCAUUUUGCAGAUGGGAAUUUUCUUAAUUGUUUACAGAACUUCAAAGGCUUACAUUAACAACAUUUUCCUUGUUACAAGGUCAAUGCACAUGCACAAUUUACCAAGUGUGUAUACCAAUUUACAGUAAGAAAUGUUGUCACUUAGAAGAGACUUUACAAAUAGCUAUGAUUAACAGUUUUCAAUUCCACUGAAUAGAAUGUAAAAUUCUAUUCUCUUAGAUUCUUACAAGAGAGGAUAAAUCCCUCCUUGAUUCUUACAAGUAAAUAAAUUGUUAAUCUAGGCUCUGUUAAACAGUGCAUCUUGAUAGUUUAAACAAGAAAACUAAUUGAGUUCAACUGAACAUAUGAUACUAAAUGUAAAUUAAAGUUAAAUUUGAGUUGCUUGCCCUGACCAAACUGUAUGACUGUUAGAGUGGACUUAUGAUUAAAAAGUAUAUUAAUGAAAGUAUUAUUUAAUUUGAUUAUACCCUGACAACAAAGGUCGCCAAUAUUUAAAAACGUUUACUAUAAGAUAGUUUGAAUACAUUCAUGAGACUUUCAUAUAAAAUUCUGUAUAUUAAAAAUAAGAAGAAUAAAGCUGAAC